UUUUUGUCGGUUUUGAGAAGUAUUCUACUGUAAAAUCUUAAUCAUCCAUACGUUUGUUUUGCAAAACGUAAAUAAACUAACAUGUCGAAGGUUAUGAAACUUGGCCAGUUAAUGCAGAAAUGUGCAAGAACAGCAUUUAUAACACACAUCAAAGAGAUAAACACAUCACAAGUUUUAACAAUUAUUGUAAGAAAACAUUCUGAUGAUUCUGGACAGAAUAAACCUCAACGGAAGAAAGGAAACACACCAGCAGGAAAACUGGAUGAUAAAAUGGAGACAGCAGAAGAAGCAUUUAAUCCUUAUGUGGAACAGGAACCCUUAGAGAGGUUUCCUGAUGACACAAAUCCUGCUACUGGUGAAAUUGGUGGACCACGAGGCCCAGAGCCUACCAGAUAUGGUGAUUGGGAAAGAAAGGGGCGUGUCACAGAUUUUUGAAUUGGACAUGAUAAAGACUAUUGUAAAUAAAUUGAAAUGUUAUUA